GUACGGUAUACUACUUUCUUAUUAAGAUAAAUAGGACAUUUAUAUUUAACAAUGUUAUAAAAAAAGCAAGCCGAGUGCAAUAUUCUUCUAUUGUACAUAGAAAGCCAAUUAAGUUCCCUGAGCUUAUGUGAUACACGCUGCCUUCGUUUAAUGCCACAUAUAAAUCGUAUACAAGAGUUUUGUACUUUCUGCACUCUUUCAGCCUGAGUUGUGUCCAAAUAGGGCCCAUAAACGCUAUCAGCAAAAUUAAAAUGUGACAACACAAGUGCUUCACACAAUUCUAUUUUUGUUUUCCUUUCUAAAGAAUGUCGGUGGGGAAAAAGGGAUUUCAGGGCUGAGUAAGAUUUUUUAAUACAUGAAGUUAUAUGUUCAUCAAAUUUAAGUUUAUUAUCAAUUAUUAAACCUAGGUUCUUUGAAGAGUUUCUAAAAGAGAUGUUACACUGCCCAAUAGUGAGUCUUAAUUUAUUAUAAAUUAUUUCUCGAAGUCUUUCACUGCAGAAAAGUAAAGCCACUGACUUUUGUGGAUUUAAUUUUAAUAAAUGAUCUUCCGAUAGUGCGUUAAACGGUAGGUCUGGCACCACUGAACUGAAUCGCAAUUCCGAUUGUGAUCUAUUUAUAACCUCUUCGCCUAGAACAUUGUUGCCAAUAUUACGCUUAUUUUGCAUAAAAUGGAAACUCUUAAAUUGCGGGAUCAUUUCAACCCGCAGGGAUCAUUUUACCCCGACGUUCCGGCUAUAUUAUUAUUAACUGAAAUUUGUGAAGUUGCAUUGUUUGGAUUUUCUUCGACGGAGAGCAGAACGUUUAAUUUUGUUUCUUCAGAAAUUUCUAGACGACCUGAUCUUGGCAAUUCCCUAACAUGACCUGAAGUUAUGAAUUUGUGCUCUAUUCUACUAGCUGUUGACUGAGAAAUUGGAUGGUUUGGGUAUUUGGCAUUAAACAGUUCACUUACUUCUUUUUACUUGCGCACUCGAUCCCCGUAGGCCCUAGCAUCAUCAAAAUUUCAAUUCGUUGGGUUUCCGUUAAAUUAACCAUAAUUUAUUCUGAUAAAAACUAUUAAUUUUCGAACUGACAGUGACAUUUGAAAAUGGAGAUUCUUUACAAGUGCAACCAUGGAAAUAGAAACAAUUGGCAGUGUUUAUGACAUUAUUUUUAUCCUCGAUUUUAGCUUAAUUUGUAAAUAGACGUACUUAUUUGUUUUCUUGUUAUUUAAAUGUAAAUAUUUCGGCAACAGUUGAGUUUUGAGAUAAGGUGUCUUAUACGAAACUUGCUUGGAAUUUCGCCUAUAUUUCAUAAAUGCAAUAAAAAAUAUAGCAUUCCAUUUAAAAAAAUGACCGAUGACGUCAUAUCUUUUUUUUGUUCCACCCUGUAUACAAAAAUGUAUGUCAAAUAAUGCGCAACUUAAAAUAACAAUCGACGGGUUCGAGCGUUUUCUCAAAAAAUUAUGUCUCUAAUUUUUAUCGAAUUUAUGCGGAACUUUAGGCGGUCACUGUAUAAUAACCGAGUUUUUACAAUCUUAAUUGAAGUCGAAUAUAUUAAGAGUUUAUGAAAAUGCCUGUCAAUAACCUGAUUUUUGUAGUCGCUACUGUAUUACUUCUUAAAAUGUGACCAGUUAGACUUCCACUGGUACUUCUUCUCUUGAGCAAUAUCUAUGGUUACAAAUAGUUAUAGAUAAGUAUCAUUAAAUACUAAAAAAAUCAGCACUCAUUUCUUUCCUUACGCUAAAAUGGACUAAAUUAUCGUUAUCUGUGAAAUUCAUAUAUGUAUCUUCUUACGGUUUUGGUUAACUAAUAUUCGUAUUACUUUAUUUAUAUGGCAGAUAUCAGUCGAUAGCAACAAACAAUGAUUACUAUAAUAUUAAUACACUUUUUUGCCUUUGUACUACUAUUAUUUAUUGUUAAAUUAAAAACAUAUCCCAAAGAGAUGUUGACGGAUUGUUUAAGAACAUUGACCUUUUUAUCGAUUGCAUGUUUCAUACUCAGCCCCCUACUUAUAGAUAUUAACUGGGAUAAGUUAAGAUUUAAUGCUACAACUCCAAUAAAAGUGGGCUGUGGGCAAAAACACUUUGUGUCGAUUCUCGUUCAUGUAGACCUAAUAGGAUUGCAUAUUCAUGUUAACGGUUCUACACCCAAUCAUGGCUGCUUAAUGAAUGAAAAAAUCUUUUUUGAUAAAAAAUACGAAUGGUAUAGGUAUUCAGGUCGUUACCUAAAAGACCAUUUACUACAAGAGAAAAUGUCUCAGGCUCCAAAGCCUGUCUUAGAAAUUCUAGAACAAUUUUUAACUUCCAAUGGGAAAUAUCGUACAUACGAAGUCAUUGGGUGGUACUGUCAAUCAAGUCUUUGGAGCUCUUUCGUCAUCUUUCUUGCAGCUUUAGUUCUGUUUCGGAAUGAUUUUCUGCUAGGUAUAUGGUUUCUGUUUACGGCUGGAGCAUUAGAACUACUGUCAGCGAUCAUUUGGCUUCUCGGGAGCUACUUAACUGGAUUUGAAAUUCAUUUGGAAGAGUUUGCUCUUAAACCGAAACCGGCGUUGGGAUUUUGGAUCAAUGUCUGUGGAGGAAUAUAUUGCUUAUUAAUUUCAUUUAUUUUGUUACUGUUGCACCAAAAAUUUAAAACUACUACAUAUAUGUUACUUGGAAUAGAUCUCAUUAAUUAUAAAGAAGACAAUAUUACUAUACGAACGUCUACUAGAAAGAUUAAAGAGGAACCCACUGAAAGAAUUAAUAUGGUUAGAUAUGGUCCCUCGCCUUCGGUACCAUUAACUGAAUCAACAGAAGAUCAUUAUGAGUAUUUUUAAUGCUUAUUUGUAUUUUUUUAAACAUGAUUAUACUAGGAUAAAUUAUAAAAAUAUAAAUAAA